AUGUCUGAGAAUCCUACACAACAAGUGAAAGAUACGGUCUACGCUGCUGCGGCUACGUCAAGUGAGUGGGCGCAGCAGAAUGUCGUCAAUCCGAUCCGAGAAUACGUCGCGGGGGAGAAAAAUGAAGAAGCUGAAGUCAAGCCCAACAUAUCAGACGAAGAAAGCGAAACGAUCGAUCGCAUGGAGAAGGAGAAAGUGGCCGAUUUCCUUCGAGAACGACACAAGAGCGAUGCUCCGAUCAAGAAGAGAUAA